AACAUAUGGAAACAAGUUAAUAUUUUACAGAUAUAAACAGGACCUGUAGCUGUGCCACAGUGUUAAAUGUCUUGGACAGUGUAGUAUAUUUUUAUCAAGUUAAUCAGGAAUAAUCAAUGAAAACAUUGUUGAUUUAUACCACAGUUAUGUCUGAGGGGCAAACAUGCAGUUUACUCUAUGUAAAGGCCUGUGACGUGAUUAAUAUGUGCUCACAUAUGUUUGACUAUUUGACUGUGUGUGCAGAAACAUAAAUAGCAUUACUUAGGGGGGAGAAUUGAUCUCUUCCAAAGGACAUUCUGUUACUUCUUAAUAUGGUCAAGACCAGAGUCAAUGAAGAGCAUGAUAAUGUGUGUAACCCCACCUUGUUUGAGGAGGUGUAUUUAAGUAAAACCAAACCAGAGAUGGUUCAGUUGUUGUUGGUACUGUGGUUUCACCGUAGGCAACUCGGCUUUAUUGUGCGAUAAUAAAGUCUAUUCUUCUGAAAUCAAAACCCCAAAGAUGCUGAGUGAUUUUUCACAAAAUUGGCAUGAGAAACCACUACAAUUGGCGCCCGAACAGCGACAGAAGAGAGCAGAGUCGUUACAUCGCGGGCUGGCUGGGAAAGCGAACACAAACACGGUGGCCACCAUUAAGAGUGGAAAGAGUGCUGUGGCAGCCGGAGGUGCAGAUGAGGAAGGAAGGACCCAGCAGCAUGGACAGGACAGGAAGAGAGAAGAGGAGGAGCAGGAGGAGAGAGGAGGAGGAGGAAGAGGCGGAGGAGCAGCAGGAAACAGACAGCUGUACAAUCAGUAAGCAGAGGCAGGGUCCAGCACAGGGGAAACUGAGCCAGGGAGAGUUGAAAAUCAUAUCUGAUGCUGCACAUAUCAUCACAAAUGUGGAGGCCAAGUGGCCCGGCUCUGUUCAUGACUCACGAAUGUAUCUUGAGUCAACCCUGAGCAACAGGCUGGAAAGGGGAGAGAUUGAUGGCUUUCUGCUGGGAGAUAGGGGUUACCCAUGCCGACCAACACUAAUUACCCCUUACCCAGAACCUGAACCAGGCCCUCAGCAGCGCUUCAAUGUGGCACACUGCAGGACGAGAGCCCAGGUGGAGAUGACCUUAGGCCUGUUGAAAGCACGUUUCCAGUGCCUACGUCACCUCAGGGUAACUUCUGAAAGGUCCUGCGACAUUAUUGUGGCAUGUGUUGUUCUCCAUAAUAUUGGCAUAAUUAGAGGGGAGCAACACCCCUGCCCUACAAAUACAAGACCCCGAGGAAGACCCCAUCAACCCUGCAGAUUUCCAGUAUGGAAGGGUAGUCCGAGAUAUGAUAUGCCACAAUGUCUUCUCAGAUUAAUACACAUGAUAUCCUCCACCACAACCAACCACAAAAUAAAAAAGAAAUGAAUAAACACAAAAU